AUGAAGUCGAUAUUGCGUAACGAGAAAGAAAGAAUGCUAUCUCGGUUUGGCAUUGAUGCUAACCUUUCACGCGCAAUUGUGUUCGUGCGCCGUUUUGUCGGUAUAACUUACAUAGUGGAAGAGGGAGUCCUUCACCCUCAGAAACAGUGGCUGGGACCAAGCGCUGUUGUCCCUGUUCUUCUACCUCUUCUUGUCACGAAUGUGACUGUCGAUUGCGGUCGAAGCUUACGGGAUAUUCCUGUCGCAGAGGCUUAUCCAAAACAUUCGAAGGUUUUUGCUAUGCUACCAUCCUGGGAAGGGUUCGGAUAUCCAGCUCUUGUCGACGCAGUUGAUAGCGAUGGUAGAGUACGCUUGACAGUGUCAAUAUGGCCGACUGUGGAUCUUGCUCCCAUUGUCGAGUCUUACGAUAAUCUGAGUAUGCAGUGGAUGAGCAAUUAUGACGCUGGUCGUAGAAUCGGAGUGUUCCUUCUGUAUGAGCACGCUCCAGAAUCGGAAGGAGCGCCUCCUAUUGCUGACUACACACGUCGACUUGAAAAUGGGUAUUGGCAAUAUUCUAACCUUUGUGUUCAGCUUCUCAGUAGCUACAGAAAUAAAUUUCGCGAUCUGUUCGCUUUCCUUGAGAAAUCUCACACUCCUGACGACGCUUACCUGGCUAGUGAUAUAUGGGAGAACGAAGCCAGACGGAAGGAGCGUGUGUCUGAAUUGAAAGAGUUCCUGUGCAGCGUUCCAACGUACGGUAUGGAAAAGCAGGAAGGUGGAAAGCAGUAUGUCGAUCGCCUUGUUAUAGCUCAUAUAGAAAAUGCCAUCAAGGAGGUGCCAAAGAAGCGGUGGGGAUUCCGGAAGUGUGCUAUUAAUCCCGGUGUUCUAUAUCGAGCUGAGCUGUACGGUGGCAAAUGCUGUGCUGAUCCAGAUGCUGAUUUCAUAUUGCUAGAUCGGGUUGUUUAUACUUUACAG